UUGUGUCCAGAUAGAUGUUUUGCACGCAUCUCCUCGUCCAGCAACCAAUGCCCAAGUGAUCAGUACGUGACUCGUUGGGCCUACCUUUCCGAGGUGCGCCAGUGCGUGAUGGUACGCGAGUGUCCUUUGAAGAAGAGCAAAAGAGGUACCAUUCGACCGACCGGCAACAAUUUCGCGACUCGCAGUCACUGCGAGGUGACUUGCAUGCCGAAAAGCAUGGAAGAGGUGUGUCGCCUGCCUCGAGACCCUGGUCCCUGUCAUCAUAGCCAACCGCGCUUCUUUUACAACCCCAGACUCGGCAGUUGUCAACCCUUUCUGUAUGGCGGUUGCCUAGGCAAUUUGAACCGCUUCCUCACACGGCCUGAAUGCCGAAGUGCUUGCGGCGGCCUUCGGCUUAGCAAUGGACUGACGGAACUUCAAGCAGUCGGAUUCAACUCUACUGAGCAUCAAGACUCAACCGAAAUUAUGGAGGAAAGAAUAAAUGCUACCUUAAGUGGAAUCUCUUUACCAAAAGAGCUGUUAGUCAGAAUGAAACGGUUGGCCCAACAACACUCCGAACGAUUUUGUAAGUGA